AUGAGAAACACUCAUAAAAUUCGAAAUUAUUUUUAUUCUAAUAUUGAAAAUACCAAACUUAAAUGUGAUAUUUGUAAUGCUUUUUAUGAAAUUAAAGUAUCAGUGACUAAUUUGAAAAAGCAUUUUGCACAAUAUCAUAAAACUGAUUAUCAGAAAAUUUUGGAAAAACAAAAAGAGAGAUUUGAAAACAUUAAAGAAAUUAAUCAUAUUCAAAGAAAAGAAAAAGAAAAACUAAAUAUUAUCACUACUCAAAAUAACAUUCAAAAAAUUUACUAUAUAUUG